AUGAGAAAGGAAUGUUGAAGUUCCCAAUAAGUGAUGUGGGUGAGGAGCUAAUUGGAGGUUUGGUAAAGAGAGAAGGAGGAGCUAUAUCAAUACCUCAUCAUGAUGAAGAUUAUAAGUUCCACAAUCACAAACUCCGAUUAGCAGUACUCUCAUUAUCUCGGGAAGAAGAAGAAGAAGAAAAUAGUGAUAAUGAUGAUGAGAAAGAUGAUCAAGAAUCAGAAUUAAUAUGUGAUGGGUGCAUUACUCCUAUAUUCAACCGGAAACAGAGACCAUCUUCAUCAUCAUCUUCUUCUUCAAGUAGUAAAGAUUACUACUAUAUGAGUUGCAGCAGUGGAUGCAAUUACAAUCUUCACAUGGCGUGCUUCCGCUUGCCAUCUCGCCUCCCCUCCAUUCCACUCCACCACCAAUCUGGUCACCACCUCAUUCUCAAAUCUUCUCACAAACUUCCAUCCGAGGAGUGGAAGUGCGAUGUGUGUUCUCUCCAAUCAAGUGGGCUGUUCUACACUUGUACAAAUAUCUUUUGCUUGUUCAGAGCAGACAUCAAGUGCGCUUCUCUGCCGGCCACCAUAUAUCACACGGCUCACCCACAACAUCCCCUCUAUUUCCAACCUCACGGGAAAAUACGAUGGACACUAUUGCGGCCUGUUAGGCAAAAGAUUUACUGUGAUGCUAUGUGUGGUCACGCCGCAUACAAUUAUGGCUGUAAUUACGCGUGCGGCAGCUGUGAGUUCAUUGUGCACGUUCGAUGCGCUACGCUGCCGGCAUCAACCAGCAGCCGUAGAUGGGACAAGCACCACCCGCUGCUAUUGACGUACGACGCCAAUCUCAACCAUCAAGGUGAAUCAAUCUACUGCGAUGCAUGUGAAACAGCAGAGACGAAUCCUAAGACUUGGAUGUAUCGCUGCCGCCAUUGCGAUCUAUCCAUCCAUCCCCGCUGCUUGAUAUCCACAUCCAGUGAGCAUAGAAACAUCAAGUUCGGAGACAAGUAUGUGAUUCAUGAUGCGGCACUUCACCCACCACACCCUCUCGCCUAUCAACUUCUCCCAAAACGCCGCUGCGACCUUUGUCGAAGUGAUAGGUAUGAACAGCAAGGAUUUGAGUGUGCAUCAUGCAACUUCUGCGUUUGUUUAGACAACUGCGGUAAAGAAAUGCUCGGAAAGGGAGACAUGAAGGCCGUGGAGUGAUGUUUUACCUCUUUCUUCUUGUAUUGCUUUUGCUUAUGUUUUUCUCUCAACGUUGGAGGGUUUUUUCUUUGUUUGUUUUAUGUUUGUUUGAUCAAUUUGAUGAUACUAUGUUUGGGUGUUUGUGA